AUGGUUGAAGCAUUCAAACAAUUAACUGAAAGUAAACUGCAUCAUCUAUGUCUGAGUAAAAAUACUGAACGGAUGUGUCUGUGCGGUCGAUUUAAAUAUGUCAGAGAAUCCCAAAAUGGCAACACGUUUCAAUCAAGAAUCUAUUGGGGUCUUUUUCAAAGGAUAAAACAAAAUUUAAGACCUGAUUGA